UGUGUUUGUCUCCGCAUUGAACCGAUGAGGUGAGGAGGCGGCGCAAUACUGCUCACCAUGCACAACUCACAGAAAUGGCUCGGAAAUUAGACUCGCCAUAAUCAGAGCGGCAAAAUAGCAGCUACUCUAACUGAAACAGGGAGGUGCCUCCUGCCCCGGGUUCCAGGGGUCACCGCAGCCGAAUUCGCCUGGUGCACAGGAAGCCGCUCGCCCCACCCGGGCCAUCCACCGGGGGUGCAGGAGACCGUCCAGCGGAGUCGCUGCAGCGAUGGCGACAGCCACAGGUGCAGGCUAUUUCCAGAGGGGCAGCCUGUUCUGGUUCACAGUCAUCACCGUCUCCUUCAGCUACUACACGUGGGUCGUCUUCUGGCCUCAGAGUGUCCCUUAUCAGAGCCUUGGGCCCCUGGGUCCCUUUACAAAGUACUUGGUGGACCACCAUCACACCCUCCUAAGAAAUGGAUAUUGGCUUGCAUGGCUAAUUCAUGUGGGAGAGUCCUUAUAUGCCAUGGUAUUAUGCAAGCAUAAAGGGAUCACAGAUGGCCAGGCCCGGCUCCUCUGGUUCCUCCAGACUUUCCUCUUUGGCAUAGCUUCUCUUUCCAUCCUGAUUGCUUACAGACCAAAGCGCUCAAAACACACUUAAAGGAGAUAAUGAAAUUUCCUCUCCA